CUGGCGAACGGAGAGCUCACACGGACACGUGGGACAACACGCUUGUGUUAGAUGAAACAACUGAAGUAGGGGAGUCACUAGCCACUGGGACGUCGUGGAGAGAGUAAAAAUUUGUCCCACGUCCCACGAUUCUGGCAUCGGAUUCAAUUUCUGGUCGGAUUUCGACUCUUGGUAGCAGGAUAAUAGGAUAGGAAAGGAAGUAGCACAACAAAGAGGUCUUUGUGCCACCAACUUUGGUUAUGUGCUCGUAAUACCCCCACUAGUGUGACAUGUGGAGCACAUAAUGCAAGGAGGUAUGGCGCCGCACAGUUAUUUUCCCGCUUUAGACGCAGACUACGGCAGGUAUUCAGAGUCGCAACUUAUUUCUAAGCUGGAUUGUAGUCCGGCAGAAGGAGCAGAGAGUGAAAAUCGUGUCGACAAUCACGAACAAAUAAAUGUGUCGUCGGCCGAGACCGACAAUGGUGCACAAAAUACGCAAGUACUAUUGAGCACAAAUGACCUCAUCAAAUUAGUAAUGGAACAAAAGAAACACUUAAAUCACAAAUUUCAAAAAGGAGGUGAAGAGAUUGAAAUAUUCCAGAGGAGGAAGAGGAGGAAGAGGACAUUUUGGAAAGAACAAUCCAAUAAUUAUAUUUAAAUAAACUAAAUAAAAACAAA